AGAACAGGGAAUGGACCAGCUGCACUGUGUCAGUGCUGAAUUGAGAAGCUGCAGGCAGCAUGAGCAUGUGUGUCACCCUCUUCAAGAGAUAGCAGCAUAUUGUAGGUGCAGUCAUUUCUAAGCAUGAUGAGCACCCAGGUGUGGUUCCUCUUCUUCAUUGUGAAUUUACUCUCACUACAGCUUUCACUCUGCCAAGAGAGUGAAACUGACUUCAGCAAUCCCAGCUUGAACAAUAUACAGAUACAUGGCGACCAUACACUCAACCUGUCCCGCAAGCUCCUCCACUUGAUCCAGUCAGAACUCAAAAACAUGACCCAUCUGAGCUUUAUGGAUGCAGUUCUGAAAAAACAUGUGUGGCCACUCUCUAAUAUCCAGAAACUUGACCUGUCUGGAAAUGGCCUUUCUACAGACAUCUUUGACUACAUUCUAAGGGAUGCUCCUGCCCUUACCAACCUCUCUGCUAAUGAAAAUAGCAUAACAAAAAUAGGCAAUGGUACCUUCAGUGGUUCCCCAUCACUAAGAAACAUUGAUUUACACAACAAUGUAAUUUUAGAGAUUGAGGAGGGCACAUUUGACUCUCUGCUAAAUCUGACUGACCUGGAUUUAUCAGUUAAUUCAAUCUCCUGCAUUACUGAUUUUAACCUGUUCCAGCUAAGAUCAUUAAAUCUAAGCAAAAACAGCAUGACCUCCUUCCAGAGCAUUGACUCAGGCCAGGAGUUUGAGUUGCUCUACUUGGACCUGAGUGAGAAUAAGAUGCACUAUUUUCCUGUGCUGCCAAGGAUGAACAAGAUCAUCUACUUAGACCUUUCAAGCAACCAGCUGCAUAGCCUGAACAGCACAGGUCCAGAAGAUGAGCUCCAGUAUUUUAAUAUCAUGGAAGGACUGACCAUUUCUCCACGUCACAGCAGCAAAACCCACCAGAUGAUUCCAAAUCUUCUGUACUUAGAUCUGAGCUAUAACCAGCUCAAAUCUGUGUCUCCUGAUUUCUUCUCCAGCUUGAAGGAUCUGGAGACCCUAAACAUCAGCAAUAACUGUCUGGAUAACUUCAUGGUGAACAAUGAGAUUCCUCUAAAUGCCCUGAAGACCCUUGACCUGAGUUUCAACAACCUGCAGAACCUGACCUUUGAGGAAAACACACUGCGGGCACUAGAGACAAUCUACCUACAGGGCAACUUCCUCAGGAUGUUAGACUCUGGACUUUUUCAUCUACCUAGCAUCACCAAUCUGCACCUUCAGUUUAAUGAGCUGAGCAUCUGUGGUCCACAGCCAAACCAAACCAGUGACUGUAUCUCCCUCUUCUCUAUUCCCACCCUACGAUACCUUUAUCUUUCUGCGAACAAACUGACUUCCUUGCCUGCACAUGCCUUUCAGGGGAGCCCAUUGCUCAUCUUGGACCUAUCUCUGAAUCCUAACAUGAAAAUCAGUGAAAAGGCCCUCUCAGGCUUAGAGUGGUCCCUGACCCACCUCUACUUGAGAGAAAACCAGCUUGAAAUGCUUAACAUCAGCCUCCCAGCUCUGCGCAGCUUGAAAGUUCUAGAUUUGACCAAUAACCAGUUAGAUGGUUUAUUUCUGGGUAGCCGAGACUCUGCCAUAGAAAUUCUGAAUCUGCAGAACAACAAGAUCAAGGUCUUAGACUCGUACACAGUACUGGCACUACAGAAAACUAUUACAAAUCUCUAUCUUGCCUCAAAUCCUCUUAUGUGUUGUGAAAACAUGCAUCUGAUCAGCUUGGUGCGGCAAGGCCAUGUGUCCAUUGACAAUGCCAUGUGUCAAUACACAAGGGAUGCUGGGUAUGGGGAAGUCAACAUAAGAGAUGUGAAAUCUGAACACUGUGUAACUCUGAACAGCAAAGUACUUGUAAUUGCCAUGAUUGCUGUACUAGUUUUAGGACUGAUGAUUGUUUUGCUGGUGGCUCUAAAGUUGUGCCACUCAAGAAGUCACAGAUUCGGCAAUGGUUACAAGGCUUAAUAUUUUAGCAGGAAAACCAGAAGAAUCAUGUUAAUGUCAUCAGAUACUACAAGGUGAAGCCUUUCAUCUGAAUGACUUCAACAGUUCCCCUUCAUCAGGUAGAAUAGCCCAGUUAUAAAACUGGGAAACAAGAUCAGAUCCGAGUAACCAUACAUGGAAGCAAGGACUGAAGAAAGUGUGAUCUGGUAUCACAUGAGUUCAGCAGAAGGUCCCUCCACAGUGAGGUACUGAAAUUAUCUAUGUGUGAUGAAGAAAUGGUUAAAAUGGUUGUACCAGGUUGAAACACUAGGCAUUACAUUGAGGCGGGAGCAUGAUGAUCAGCACAAAUUAAAUAUUAAACCAUAAAUCUCAUUUAACAAAUAACGAUAAACAGUGGAGAUAUGUACAGUACGGCCAUCAUUAUAGGGUGUAACUUGGAUUUGUAUACCUAAGAUGUCCGUAUUUAAAAGUCAGUAUUGUCAUUUUGAAUGGUCACUACAUUUCUCAAGGAUUGUCUAACUAUCUUUUGCACUUUAUACACUGAUAUAUGAAA